UGGGAUCUGAUGAAUCUUUCCUAUAAAGAACAAUUGUCCCAGCUUGAAACAAAGUAUGGAGUGUCAUUUCAUGAAGACAAAAUGCAGAAAAAUUUAAUGAAGGUUCAAGCUCGAUCUAAAGGAGUUCAGCAUAUUAAUCUGGAAAGUCAUGCCCUCAGAGCUCUAACACAACUCUACCAGAAACUUGCCUCAGCCACUGUCAGCUGUAAACUCACAAACCCUGCAGAUAAAAUUGACGUGGCAGCACUAUUAGAGAAACUUCAGCAGCAGCAUCGUGUUGUUGCAGCAGCAGAUAGACUCAGUCUCUGGAGGCUUGUUGGACUGCCAGAACAUCUCGGUCCUGCCAUUGCUGAUAUUGAGAAGACACUUCAGAGGAAUGUGUUUGAUGACACAAUGAAGAAAUUAAUUGGUUACUCAGGUGACAUUCCUCACACAAAAGGAAUCAACUGGAAUCAGACGCCUGAUUAUGGACCAGGAGCAGUGGGUGGAGCAGUACAGGAUGAGGGAGUGAAGUUUAGAGGGCAAGGCAAAGCAGAUGCUGGUUUCAAUGAAGAUUCAAAAGACAAUUCUAGACAUGAGAGUAUAGGUGCUCAUGCUGAAGAGGAGACAUGUACUAUUUGUAUGGACAGCUUCACCAACAAGACAAAACUGAAAUGUGGGCAUGAAUUCUGUCAGGAAUGUAUAAGGAUGUCAGUGGAGAGUCUGGGAUCCAUCUGUCCUGUGUGCAAGGAAGUGUUUGGGAAAUUGGAGGGGAACCAACCGGAUGGAACAAUGAAAGUAACAAAGAACAGGUUCAAUCUCCCUGGAUAUCCACAGUGUGACACUAAGAGGCAUCCAAACCCGGGAAACUAUUUUCAUGGCACAUCACGUCAUGCGUACUUGCCUGACAACCGUGAAGGAAAUGAAGUGCUCGCACUGCUGCAGAGGGCUUUUGAUCAGAAACUGAUCUUUACUGUUGGGACCUCUACAACCUCCGGUUUAGAGAACGCUGUCACCUGGAAUGAUAUUCAUCAUAAGACCAAUACACACGGCGGGCCUCUAAAGUAUGGCUAUCCAGACCCUGACUACCUGAAGAGAGUAAAGGAUGAGUUGAAGGCCAAAGGCAUUGAAUGAAGAUUUUAUUGAUGUUCCCAAAUGCACAUCUAAGCCAAAUGUUUACAAAUAAGCCAUUGAUUGAUUAUGAUAUUGUAAUAUACUUAUUUUAUAUAUAGUGACUUUCAGAAGUAUUCAGACCCUUGACCAGUUUACUGAAAAAUAAACUAUUGAACUCUUGUUUGGUGUGAAGCAAAUCUUAAAUCUCAAAAUUAAUUAUUUGAAAGCAGGAUUGGUUUUAACAAAAUAAAUAAAAACCUAAAACAUACAAUCUUCCAAAAAAUGCAACCCCUCUGCUCUGGAGAUCCAUGUUUACACAGCUGAAAUUACAAAUCAUUUUUUUCUUUGGUGUAAUCAUACUAUACACCUGCAUACAUGAAGAACACACUUUAUCACGGCCAGUAAUGUGGUUAGCUAAUGUUCACAAAUGGAAACCAUUACCAAAACAUUUUCAGUGGGUCAAAAUACUUUUGGCAGGCACCAUAUACAGUUGUGGUCACAUGUUUACAUACACCUUGCAGAAGCUGCAAAAUGUUAAUCAUUUUAACAAAAUAAAGGGAUCACGACAACAGGAUGAUGACAUGUAAAGUUUUCUUAUUUUGUUCAAAGAUCAUAUUUUUCCAUUUAGUAUGGCCCAUCAGAAGCUACAGAAGAUACUUACAUAUUUUGCAGAAGAUAAAAUAACUAAAGAAUUUGCGGGAUGAUGUUUCUGAAGAGCAGCGGUCAGUUUAACUGCUCAGGACUAACAAAGGACUCAUGAAAAAACAGUCAUGGAUCAUCCAGGUAACAGUAUUGAGAAUCAAGCGUAUGCAAACUUUUGAACGGGC